AUGAAUAAUUUAGAUUAAAAUAAGACAUGACUUAAAGGUCUCAGUUACCAGGUCAUAAAAUAUCUUAAAAAAAAACAGAUUAGCACUUUAAUUUUUUUAAGGAAUUAUAUGACCUGGUAACUAAGACUUUUAGGUCAAGUCUUAUUUUAAUUUUGAUGUUUUUUUUUAAAUGAACAGUGAUACUAAGAAAUUAAAUGAAGUUGAUUAUUAUGAAACAUGGUAUAAAUUAAUAUAAGACGACUUCAAAGUCUUAGUUACCAGGUUAUAAAAUCCUUUAGAAAAAAUUACUUACAUCAGUCUCAGACCUCAGUCAGUGAAGUGGAUGCGUAUAGGCAAUUUUUGCGCAAAUUUUAUUUUUUACAAUAAUAUUACAUUUAUGAUAACUGCAUUCUAUUUGAAAAAACUUACACUAUUCGUAAAUUAUAAAAAUGAUUUGCAAAUUAUUGUCAAAUUAUAAAGGCGCGUUAAUAAACUCUUUAACAAAGAGAUACCUUAAUAACAACAUUGCUUGUAUAACGAAGAUCCACAGGGAAGUCUACUCUCGAAUGUACUACCCUACUACAAUUGCUUUGCCGGAUGGAUCAACAAUAAACGUUCGGUAUCAUGAACCUAGGAAAAUUAUUAAGUUGCCAUUAGAUUUAUCAUUGUUGUCUGAAGAUGAAAGAAAAGCACGGCUGGAGAAACGAAAGCCCAAGAAGAAGGUCAAGAUUACUGAAGAUUUAGGAGAUAGUUUCAAUGCAAAAAAAUACCUCAAAUAUAUAAAAAAGUAAAAUAAGAACUUUAGUGAUAAAUUAAUCAAUUUGUUGUAGCUCUUCAUAGGUUUAAUGUUAUUAUUGUAAUAAAAAAUUUAAUCAUUA